AAAAUACGCGAAUACACGAAUCAUUUCCUCUAUUUUUCCUUCAUUGAGUGGGCUACAGAGUUCAGAAAAUGUAAUUAGGUUUAUUUUGAACGCAAAACAGUGAUUGAUCGUAGUCCCAUGUAGUUCAUGGUAAUAUGUUUAUUGUUUUAAGGAUUACUUUCACCCAUUUGUUGCAUACCACUGCUUAUUCUUUGACUGAAUUGAGUACUUUAGGUGUGUUGAAUGUCGCAUGUUUCAGAUCGUUCCCAGCAAUCUUCCAUUAGUGAUGAACAUGGCAUACAAAAAACUGAUUCACAACAUAAGGCACAUAAAUUACGUUUUGUUUCUUCUGUAGAACUUAGACACUCUUCAGGAGAAACCUCCACAACGCCUUUAAGUCCGGGAAGUCCAGCGGAUGAUAGUUCCGGCGAGUUGCACCCGAACAAGCCGCGCCUUCAAAGAGUCAAGGUUCAGAGUCGUAAAACUUUUCGAUUGCGCAAGAGUCGCAAAAGUCGCAUCGAAGUUUCGCACAUUAAUAUUGAACCAGAAGAAAUACCUGCAGUGACCACGCCAUCCCAGACGACCUCGCCCACAACUAUCCUCUCCGAACAAACUCCGGCAGAGCUAUCGGUUACGUCGAUUCCACAGCAGGUCUUUGAGCCUAACAAACUGAGAAUAUCCUUUCGCUCUAAACCUACUGAGGGAUCGUGGGACGAAGAUAGCGCAAUUUCUCACACAUCAAGCACGUCAGGCUACAGGGAAUCCUACCCCGUAAUGCAACUUAAGGAAUCCUUAGACUCGAGCCCCAAACCUUGUCCCCCACUUGCUUCGCCAGACAUUCACGAUCUGCCCUCAACAAGUAGCGCGGCGACCAAUUACAUCCACGGUGACAACAGCUCGCCGGAUUGCUCUUUAAAUGAAAAUGGAGAACGUACAGCUCUAUUAAGCCCAACGGAGCGUUCAUCGUCCCAGCAUUCUCUACUUAUGAUUUUUGACUCGCAGGAUGAAACCACACUGAUAUAAAUCCUAUGGUUUAUA